AUGACUGACAUCAUCCUCUCAAAGGACGUCGGGACAGCCCUGUCCCGCUGCAAAGAUCCUGGCCGCUUCAACUACAACACCUUCUUCUCCGAGGUGGGCCGCUCCAACCCAGACAAGGACCACAUCAAGCAGGUGUUCGCCAUCCUGGAGCAGGACAGGAGGGGCUUCAUUGAGGAAGAUGUGCUGAAGCAGUUUCUGGAGAACUCCCCUUCAGCCCAGGUGCUGCCAGACAAGGAGGAAAAUGACCUCCUCCAGGCAGGUAAUAGCAACGGAGAUGGCCAGAUAGGAGUGGAUGGAUUUCAGUCUCUGGGGAAGCCUUAA